ACAGCGUCAUGCUGAGUCUUCAGCGCCCCCUGCUGGUCACCUGCCUGCAUCUGCUGCUGCUGCUGCCCUGGAGCCACAGCAGGAUCCUCAGACACACCAAUGGCUUUCACUACCAGGACCUCAGCAACGGCAACAGCAACGGCAAUGGAAAGGAUGAGAUUUACUUCAAUGGGAUCCGCCUCCACGUGGAGUCACCUCAGCAUUCAGUGUCAGCCACCAAGGGGAGCAACGUCACUCUUCUCUGCCACUACCAUUACGAGCCUGAGCUGACUACGCCCCGCAGGACCCGGGUCAGAUGGUUCUGGCUGCCUGCUUACACUAACACCACUUCGCCCGAGACCUUCGCCAGGGAGUCCAAAGUGAUGGUGGCCAUGGGCGGCCGUCACCGCAGCUACGGCAGCUUCAAAGGUCGUGUGCGUUUGAGGCGGUCAGCUCCGGGAGACAUGUCUCUGGUAAUCAACGAGCUGCAGCUGAACGACACGGGGCGCUAUCGAUGCGAAGUGAUCGACGGGCUGGAGGAUGAAAGCGUAACGAUGAAGCUAGAGCUGACAGGUGUGGUAUUCCCCUAUUACUCUCAUGAAGGGCGCUACCAUUUUAACUUCUUUGAUGCCCAACAAGCGUGUCAGGAUCAGGACGCCACUCUGGCUACGUUCGAACAGCUUUUCGCCGAGUGGGAGGACGGGCUUGACUGGUGCAACGCUGGCUGGCUGGCUGACGGCACAGUCCAGUAUCCAAUCAGAGAUUCACGUGUCGUUUGCGGUGGUAAAGAUGUAGCCCCGGGAGUGCGCAGCUACGGACACCGACAUAAAAUUCUCCACCAGUAUGAUGCUUUCUGCUUCACCGCCUCCAUCAAAGGGACUGUGUACUACUUAAAGCACCCGACCAAGCUCAACUUCACUGAAGCAGUUCAGGCUUGUGCCAGCAAAGGAAGUCAAAUUGCCAAAGUGGGCCAAUUGUACGCUGCGUGGAAGUUAAUGGGAUUGGAUUGCUGUAAGGCGGGCUGGUUGUCUGAUAGAAGUGUACGUUAUCCAAUCACAACCCCCCGAGCUAACUGUGGUCCACUAGAACCAGGUGUACAUUGCUUUGGGUUCCCUGCUCCAUCAAUGAAAUUUGGUGUGUACUGUUAUGAACAGAUGAUUUGACUUAUUCAUCCUAACACUGAACAUGCUUAAAAAUCUGAUCUACAGUAGCACUAACUAUAGCCCGGGGCCUAACAGGCUAUAUUUGAUUUCAGAGCUUUUUUCUCUUUUUUUUAUAAAGGAACAUCCUGUCUUUAGAGUACCAGUGUUUCAGCACUGAACUUAGUGAUCCACCAACAGCUGCAUUAAACUAUGCACAUAAAUAAGAUACCACUCUAAGAUGAGAAAACACAAUCAAAAGUCUGAAAACAUUGGAACAUUGGAGUCAUAAGCAUCUGAUUCUAAAAUCAAAUAAUUGUAUUAUGCUGCUAUACAAACUGUGGUCUGUGACUUUUCCACUACAGUUUGUGGAAAAUACAAACUAAAAGAUAAUUGCUCCCAUUUAUUUAUUGUAUGGGCCACCUACAGAUGUCAGGUAUGACGUUAACAUGAUGUGAGUUUGCUUACAGCUUCUGUAGUCAGGUUCUUCCACAAAGCUAUAUAAACUUAGCACAUAAAGUAAGGAAACAUGUGUUUGGUAGAAUAUUUCUAUAUUGUAACAAUGCUUCUUGGCAAUAACUUGCAGCAGCAAGGGGGUACCAGGAGCUCAAAACAAGUGUCAAUAAAAACAGUAAAAUAAUCUGUUUAACUGAUAGGAUUUUGCAAAUAUUUCAUGUGCAC